AUGCGAGAUCGCAAACUCCGUGAGAAAGCUAAGUUACAGGAAGAGCGAAAAGAACGAAUAUUAAAAUUUCUUCAAGAAAACCGAGAGUCCCAGCCAGUCGUUGUCCCAGAGAGAAAUACAUUUGCCAAGAACCGAAAACCGCCUCGAAAUGACUUUAAAAGUGCAACAACGGAUCUUAAAUCGUGUUUGAUUGCGACUCCCUCAGUAGAUCAGCGAUUGCCAGCCGGUGAAAACAAUCCAGCUGCACGAAGAACGGGAAAUCUACCUCGAGUCGAUGAAGAAUGCCAAUUCCAUUCACCGGGAAGAUUUUUUCUCAAAGGACGUAACGUUAACAUUGCUAGUCAAGAAGUCUAUUUAAAGCCUAGCAAACCCUUACGAAAGGAGUUGAAGAAUAAGUGUGAUUUCUUUCCAAAAUAUGUGGACCCAUCGCCUUUUAAAGACCAAAUCACUCAGACACUAUAUAGGGAGUCUUCGGCGCAGACCUUAGCCUAUUUGCCAGAUGUCGAAAAUGUCACAGAAAGCUAUGGCCUAGAGCUGUUUACUCUACCUUCAGUUUUGCCUGGCAAUAAGCCACCGGGUCUAUAUGAGGUGGAAAUUUUAGAGCGUGCUCGUAAGCGAAGAAGGUUCUUGGAAGGAAUGAAAACCAAUUUUAUUAAUCAACGGAUUAAUGGACGUAAACUUGCCAUACAUCAGUAUGCAUCUCUGAUGGAGGCCUUGGAAUGGGAGCACUGGGUGGAGCGGGAGGAACAAAUCCAGGAGUGCCAGAUGAUACGACUAGAAAUGGUGAUCAAGAUGUUUGAUAAGAGGGAGAGAGAGAUGCAUUCCGCAUCCAAAACGCGUUUGAAACAAGGACUCGAGCUCAUUGAGAAGCGACGUAAGGCGGCAUUGCGAAAGAAUGAAAUCGAGUAUCAGCGUGGUAUGCGACGAAAUCAGAAACAACUGGCCAGGACUUCGAUCAGAUGGCAGAAGCAGAAGCCGAUGUAUUCCCUGGGAUCACCAUGCUCUGAAUUCUAUGCUCCAGCCAUAAGAUAUGGAGUGGAUCCGGGUCGUCGUAAUUUCUCCCCAACCGCUAGUUUCCGUGCUUUUAACAUGAGAAUCGAUGAACUGGAGAAGCAAAUCAAUCUUAAAAUAGUUGAGUGUCCAUUUUCUAAACUAAAUCAAUGGUCUAGGCCUAAGCAACAAAUUUUAGAAGUCGAGAAUCAUUUCCUGAAAGAGAACAAUCUGAAACAACUUUACAACUCGUUGAAAAUAUUGGGGACCAGCAUUGAAAAAAACAAACCAAAGCCGAAUUGCCUCAAGACCCGCUUUCAACCUCAAGACACACCAGGCGAAAACAGCAGGUUGGCUUCGGCAACAAUGGAAAGAUUUUCCAAGCUCUAUGAUAGGGGAGAAGAAGAUCCUAAAAUAUCAUCGCAGAGGUCCUCAACAAAAGAAGCUAUCAGACAACAUCUGAAAUGGCACGAGAAUCAGAUAAGUUCCGAGUAUGCCCAAAAACUAAAGAAAGACGAUAGCAAGAAUGAUUUAAGGAAUAUGCUUGUCACAUACGAGGGCAGUUUAAUUGGUCACAUAAUGCAGUUCCUCAACGAUGAAAUGACUCGGUUGAAGGAACAGCGUCGUCUUCACUUCUUUGCAGUUUUGGGGCAAAAAGGUCGUUGGAGUCGGGAAGCAGUCGAGGCAGGAGAAAGGCAAAAGGAGAACGCAAUGAGGCAAUUGUACGAGGAAAUGUUCCAGAAUUCCAAUAGUGUCCAAACCGACAUCAGUGAUCAAUAUGUCCAUAGUAUACUGACCAAUGAUUUGGGUUAUAUGGCUGCUGAAGAGGCAGCUGAAACAGUCACGGAGUUGGCCAGGCAGAUUGAUGUGGACAUCGAACGCUGGCUGGAGAGUUUCAAGUUAAUCCAAAAUCCUCUUACCUAUAUUCCAUUGCGUAUGAUGUUGCAAGAUAUGGUCUGUCCGGAUCUAAAUGCUACAUUGCAAAGAUAUGAGAAUACCAUGAUUGCCCAGUAUAUAGUGGAGGAUGUGAUCUUUGACAGAAUAUGGAAGGAGCUGGAACCCUAUGACAUAUCUAGCACCCUGACUAGCGAUCUCAUUGAUCGCCUCAUCGACAAUGAUCUGUAUUUCUUCUCCUCGGAAAGUGAAAGUGAAACACCCCAGAGAACUUCCUGGUACGAAGCCCAUGCCAUAAUACGAAAACUUAUUCGACAAUCGGUACCCGGCAGACGUUGGAAAGAGGAAGUCGAACGUAUUGUUUACGAGAACUAUAAUGAUCUGAUGGAUGAUAUAUUUGCCGAAAUGAUUUUCAGAAGAGAUAAUCUGCCAAUUCUCGAGCCUGUUGUAGUGCAUUCAACACUUUCACACAAUGACCUAUCAGCACAUGAUAAAGUUCAAUCAACGAGGGGUCACGAGUUCCAAUCAUCGAAAACUACAUCUGAUACGAGUGCUGGAAGUGAUAUUGUAAUCAAAACACAAUUAUUAAGCCUAAAAAGAAAAAAAAAAAACUCAGAUACGGGGUUCGGUAAAGAUCCGCCGGUUUCAGUUGAGACAAAGCCGAUCAACGAAGAUAUUGUGUCGUUCUUUGAUGAUGAUGAUCCUUGGCCUUGGCUUCCAAAUUGCAAGAGUGCGAGUUCAUCAAAGAAAAAUCUUUAUUAGGACAUAAAACUCGAUCGAGAGUCUUAUUGAAUAAUUAAUUUAUA